UACUUCCUGAUGAAAAGCGAGCCGGAAGAGUUUUCUCUGGACGACCUGGCAGCUAAGCCCAAUCAAACAUCCCAUUGGGAAGGUGUUCGUAACGCCCAGGCGCGCAACAUCAUGCGGUCCAUGCGGCUGGGGGACGAGGCGUUCUUCUACCACAGCUCCUGCAAAGUGCCCGCUGUGGUGGGUGUGGUGCGGGUGGUGCGGGAAGCCUACCCCGACCACUUCGCAUUUGACAAGGGCAGCAAGUACUACGACCCCAGCAGCACCCCCGACGGCCCCAAGUGGUGGAUGGUGGACGUGAAGCUGGUGCGGAGGAUGAGCCGACCUGUGACACUGGCGGAGCUGAGACAGGAGGGAACGAAGGGGCCGCCCAUACGGGACAUGGUGCUCAUCAACAAGUCCCGGCUGAGUGUGCAACCGGUCACAUCGGAGCAGUGGCAGCGGAUACUGGAACUGGAA